AUGGCGACCUUACUCACCGAGUUUCCCGACGAGAUACUCGUUCAGAUGUUCGAGGAGCUCGACAACAGGGAUUUAUUGAAGGUGCGCAGCGUCUGCAGACGCUUCUCCGGCCCUGCAUCAUCCUGCUUUCGAGUCAUAACGUCCAACGUGCCCAACGACGAGCAUUGGAGACAUGCGAAAGCCGAGAUACCAGAGACACCGAUAGCACGGCAUGUUCGCACCGUGCGCAUAGUACCAGGUGAAGCACUUCGAUUGCCAGGACCUGAUCCACUCGACUGGACAGUCCACCAGUACGAACUUGCUCUUGAGCACGCCUGCAAGUUCCCUGCACUUCGCGGCAUUUGUCUGUCCUUGUCCUACUUCGGUCGCAUAUUUUACGAAGAGAACGAUGAGUCUGACUUCGAAUUUGCUGCGCCCCUGAAGGUUCUACGCAAGUUGUUCGAGGUCGCAAGAAGGAAGACGCUCAGAGAGCUUGAGGUAGAGAUGGUGCCACCGCUGCAUCUCCCGAUCACACGCGACCCUAUGUUCAAACAGUGCAUGCGCUCAGUCAAGACAUUGAUUCUGCACUUCGAUGCGUGGUAUUGCGACGAAGGCUGGGAUGCCGACGACGACCACGUGUUACCGGACUCUUCGCUCAGUACAAGAGCACAUGAGUUCACAAGGAACAUCGGAGAGUGGAUUGGCCGAAGUCAAGAUGUCCUCAAGGUGCUCAGCCUUUCCUUCGAGAACUACGUCGGUUACUAUCCCAAAUUGGACUUUCGGAACAUGUACUAUCCUCGCUUGAGGGUACUAGAGCUCACCUGUGUGACAAUCUCACACGCCGCGCAGAUUAGCUGGAUUCUUGCACAUGGAGAUACACUCACAGCUGUUCAUCUAGAAGAUUGUCCUCUCGUUGCAUAUACCGAGACACAACAGGCCCUCGACGACGAAGCUUAUCCGAUUCCAGGCGAAGACUUUCCUGAUUCUGUUUCCAGCUGGAACGACCUAUUUUGGCACGAUAUCUUCGAUUCUUUCCGUAUAUACCUUACUCAUUUGAGGGACUUCAGCAUCACCCUCACUUGGAUGGACCCUGAAAUAAGCCACAGAGUCUCGGGUAUGAUGCCUCAGCGUUACAAGUCAUACCACCAGGGCGAGCUCAUAUCGAACGACUCGUCGAGAAAGGUCGCUGAGGAGCACCAUCAGGCUGAUAUCGAUGCCUAUGUGCGACUUCUUCACCACACAGAACAGUUGGGCAAACUACUGUUCGAUAUGGUUACGAGCGGCACGUACGUGGAUGACCUUACUAAGGCUUGGCCGGGGUUCCCAACUGUCGCAGAGGUUUUUGAGGCCAAGGGUGACGCUGUAAUUAGUGGCACCGAAGUAGAUAGUAUUCCUUCGGCGAUGCCGGGGUUUCCAUCUGUUGCAAAGGUUCACAAGGCUGAGGCUUCGCCUAAGCGUCGAGCAAGCUUCUGAGGGUCAUAAAUACGUCCAGGAAGGGUUCAAUGGUGGACGAACGGAAAAAGGGAGAUUCAUGAUGUUCGGACUCAGAUACGGCAGAUUGCGACUGCCUCCGGUCUGUCACUGGAAAGAACAGACUAGAUACUCGAUAGGCACAGCCCUGAGACAACGUGAUAGAGCUUGGAGGGUUUCGAAGAUUUG